AUGACAAGAAGUGAGAGAAAAAAAAAAGUUGAAUGUAAACGUAUGAGAGUCAACAAGCAACGGCCUACUAAUGGUACAGGCAAAAUUUCCAAAAAGACCGAAAUCUUCAUUGGUAAACCGACCCCAACUUACCACAUGCCUUCGAGUUUAAAGAAAUUUCUUGACAAGUAUGCCACAAAUAAUUUACUAAAUAAAAAUUCCGUGACGAACGUCAGAAAAAAGAAGGAGCUUGAAAGAAAGACUAUAGUUAACGGUUUUACUGCUUUUCGAAUAUAUUAUUCUAAAUUUGGAAAAACAUACAAAGAUCAAGAAAAUCUUUCUAAGGAAUUAGCAACCUUUUGGAAA